AUGGACACGGUCCUGUUGAUUACUUUGGUCAGGAUUUCCUCGUGUAUCUGCAUGGUCCUAACGAUCACAGUGUAUCUUUAUGUAAAUAAGCUUCGAAAUCACCUCGGAAUGUGUCUUGUAUUCAUCUUAUUCUGUCGGCUUGUCUUUGACGUAUACUGGUUGUUUUACCAGUUCUAUACCGACGAAUUACUAAAACUAAAUGGCCUUUGUAGAGUCCUAGGUUACACAGCCUAUUUCUUCGUAAUGGCAGCUGAACUCUGGAGCACUGUCUUCAGUCAUAAUGUUUGGAAAGGAUUAAAAGCUGUAAAUCGUUAUAAUCCCGGAAACAUGUUCCUGGUUUACAACAUAUUUGCCUGGGGCAUGGCGGCAACCCUAACGGCACUCUGCUACAGAGUGAUUGUGUUUACCCUGACGGCCUUUCACAUUGAAAAAGUUAGGCGUGAUAUAAGGAAGUUCAACCCCAACGACGAGAGGAGGACAAAACUAAAAUCGGACAAUAAGAAUUUCCUAAUGCUUCUGCGGCUGUUUAGCAUCAUGGCCCUGACGUGGAGCUUGAAUAUACUUUAUAAGAUGACUGAGGGCGAUGCCCAGAAGACGGUCAUGUGGAUAAACUUGUACUUUGAUGCGUCGUUUGGGAUCAUAAUUUUUGUAUUAUUUAUUUUAAAGCGCAGCACGCUUCGACUCAUCUUAAAAAGGUAA